UUGACGAUGGCAAGAUCUGACAUCGUACGGCGCGGUGAGCUAUUCAGCGAUAAGGGUUCCCGUUAUUCGUGGAAUUGGGAAUGGCUUGAAAAAGAAUACAGUGUUACCGUGUCGGAAAAGGAGGGGAAGAAAGGAAAACAGACCAAGAUUAUGAUCUUGUGCUACGAUCAUUGCAUUAAAAAACUCGCAGCAGUGGGCAAGGCAUAUUGUGAUGUAUGCAGAAAAGAAGUAGCCUACGGGAAUAAAGGGUUCACUGCCAUCAAAGUCCAUUGUGACACAUCUUCUCACAAGGAGAAAAUAAUCUGCCGAUCAGAGAACAAUCAUCUGCCUGGCCAGCCUUUGGAAUCUGAAACUUGUGGACCUCAUGCUGGUCCAAGUCAGAAACAGAAGGAAAAUGUUUUGACUCUCACACCAGUAUCAGACAGAGUUCACAAUCUUACGGCACUCACCUUGGGAUUUGUGGCUGAACAUUCACUGCCUGUGAACUUGGUACCAAGUCUUCUGGAUUACGUUAAAGCCAUGGCUUCUGACAGACGUGCUGUUCAGCGCAUGCCUAGCAUAGCAGCAAGCACUGCUUCUUACAAGCUUAGGCACGGGCUGCAGAAGACACUACAGGAUGAGAUACUGGCAGAAUUGAAAACAUGCUAUUUCAGUCUCAAUAUUGAUGAAGCUAUGAGCAAAACCAAGAAGAAAGUGCUGGCGAUUUUGACCAGCCAUUUCUCGCCGUCCAUGAACAGGAUUGUGGUGCAUCAUUUCGCUGCCAUCAGUGUUGUGAAGGUGACAUCUGACAAUCUGUUUGAGGAAGUAUCCAACUUCAUGACAAAGCAUGGCCUUCCUUGGGCCAAUUUGACAUCGGUUUUGAUGGACUCGUGCAGGGUGAUGAGGGGAAGCAAGUCAGGGCUGGAAGUACAGAUCAAGGAGAAAGCACCAAACAUGCUAGAUAUUGAUGGUGACACAUGUCAUCAUGCUAAUAAUGCAGCACACGUCUUCUGCAAACCGUUUGGAAAGCACGUGGAACAACUUCUUGGAGAUCUGCACACAGAAUUCCACUACAGCACAGAACUGCGAGAUGUCUUCUUCAAGUUCUGUGUGGCAUUGCAGAUAAAGGCAACAGCAGCAGAGCAGUUUGCUUCUCACCGCUGGUUGUCAGUACUUGAUGUGUCAGUUGACACACUGCGUCUCUGGGAUGCAACUGUUCUCUACACUGCCAGCUUUUUGAUGGAGAAAGACAUGCCUGCGUAUCAGCCUUUGAUUGAUGAAGUUUUCCAAAGAAGAGGAGUGAAUGAGAAGGGUCGGGACUCUAUCAGAAAGGCACAGAUCUAUCUGAGAAAGAAAUGGUCUACAUUCACCGUAGCUGGCAAGGAUCGGAAGUUGAGGCUGGUGAACAAGAUUUUCAUCUUGGGCGAACAGACUCUCAUCUUGUUGAACUUGUACGUUUCCAUUCUUUCCAUUCUGAAAGAGUACAUCGUCUUCUUCCAGAAGAGAGAGCCUGUUGUGCACAGGUUGCAUGACAAGCAGACGGAAUUGCUGAAAGAUUUUUUGGCUUGUUUCGUCAAACCAGAGGCUUUGUCCGCUGCCUCAGAUGUUACCAGCAUUGAUCUGACAGAUCCAGACAACAUCCACAUGGAGUCUAUGUUCACCAUCAGCUCAGCAGCCAACACUCUGAUGAAGAAGCAGCCCAAGGAAGUGAAGAAGUCUAUCAGACUCAAAAUGAGAGAAGCGUUUGUGAAGUGUGGCACUUACCUUCAAGAGAAAAUGCCUGUAAACAACAAAGUGCUGAAGAUCUGCUCUGUACUAGAUCCUAUCAUGAGGAACACAACGCAGGCAAGACAACUGCUGGGCCAGAUUCCUUCAAGGACAAACUUAGUGCAGAAUGACCAGGACACAGUGGAUAGAUUUCACAGGGAGGUGAACAAGUACACCUACGACGUGAGUCCAAGCAGUGCCUCAGAAGAUGCACCUGUGGAUGUGUGUGGGGUGGAGUUUCGCAGGACAGGUUUCCUCUCCUGUGUGCAGCAGCAAAAGCCUUGCUCAGUUGCUUCCAUGGCCCAAUUGUGGAAUCCACCUUCAGCGAGAUGGGAAAGAUCCUGUCCAAGGAAAAGACCAACAUGGAUGUUGACACAUACAUGGCCAUGCAGACUGUGAAGUCAAGACUGGCUACAGCCAAGAAAACAGCAGUGGAGUACUUUGCUAAGGCAGACCCCAUCAAAGAACCUGUGAGCAAGCAGCUAGUUGAGAACAUGAGGAAUGCUUGGAUUGACAAUGAAGAAAGAAAAGCCACAAACCAGGAAACCAGGAACAAACUUUGCCAUGAAAUGGCUUGGAACCUGAUCAGAAACUGCCGUCUAAAGCAAAAGAAAAAAGGAAAAUACUGGAUGAAGCAGUGCUCGAAAGAAAAUCUAGCAAGAAGCAGAAAACAAACAGCCAGAAUGACAAUCCUGACCAAGAAAGGGUUGUCAACGGCCAGAAAGCAGA